AUGGAAGUUCAAGUUGGAGCAGUAUCAAACAGAAGCUGUAACGAUUGCCACACAACCACCACACCUCUAUGGAGGGCUGGUCCAGAUGGCCCUAGGUCUCUUUGCAAUGCAUGUGGGCUAAGGUACAGGAAGAGGAGGAAAGCCCUGGAUAAAGGGGGAGCAAAGAAAAGCAGGAAGAGGAAUAAUAGAGCAACAAGUGAGCAUGAUGAUGAAGUGGAUUUUGGUUGCAAUAUGGAGCCUUAUACAUUACAUGGAAGAAGUCAAUUCAAGUUAAAAGAAGAAGAAGAGGCUGCUAUAUUGUUGAUGGCCCUUUCUUGUGCUUAUUAG